GCAUCAAUAUUGACACGCUUGAAGCAGCAAAUGCGUGCGUGCCACUUGAUCAAAUGCAAUGCUAUUCCACUCCACCCUCUACACACGGCUCAAAACACAACCCUGUUACUGAUGCCAUGUCAUAAGUGCUUCCUCUCCUUUCCAUUUUCUUGGUUACAAUAAUACCAUUGCAGAGUUCCUUCGCACUUUUCAGAUUCUCACGAUUCAAAAUCACCACUCGCUACGCACCGUUUCGAUCCCGUGGACUCUUCUUCGGGAGCUUCAGAGAGGAACGGAGCAGAGUUCGAAGUGCGUGCACUCUAGCUAGCGCUUAUAGAAGAUGUCACUUUAUAUUGGUAAUCUGUCAGAACAUUCUCGAAGAGAUGAUCUUGAGCGUGUUUUCCGUCGAUUUGGACAUUGUAAUGUUCAGCUGAAAAGAAAUGGCUAUGGCUUUGUAGUAUUUGAUUUCCCUCUCGAUGCUGAAAAGGCUCUGAGAGCACUGAAAGGUAGAAAUAUAUGUGGUGAAUCGCUGACACUAACGUGGUCCAGUAAACAGCCUAGUUCGCAUUUUUCUAGAAUUCCUAGUGGUGUCAGAAGAAAUGCAUAUGAGUUGGGACAUGCGAGGAAUGCUGAAAGAGUUGGGUAUGCAAGAAGGAGAAUGGGCACCAACGGGAGGUCAAAUCAGAAGAUGGGAAGGGGAAAAUCCGUGGAAAUGGCCGGUGAGGAGAGGGGAUAUUGUCGUGAUGAUUUUAAAGAUUAUGUUGGGGAAAAAAAGAAUUAUGAGGGAGACUUUCCCAAUGAAGGCGGUGGAGUUGUUCCUAACAAGGAGGAAAAUGGUGGAUGGGGUGAGCCAGUUCAUGACCCAUUGGUUGACAAUGGGAAUGGAAGUGGUAUAGAAUUUGAUCGUUAUGAACCUUACCAGUGCCCUGAUAGGAAGCAUGACAAUGAAGAUUAUCAUGUUGGUUACUCUGGUGGUUCUCCUGCAGCCCAUUCCCAAGAGAAUGUUAGCAGAGCACUUGGCGAGGAUACCUCAAAUUGUUCAAAUGGCUCAAAAUUCCAGCAAAAUUGUUUUAGAUGUGGUGAUGCUGGUCAUAAAAUGCGAAAUUGUCCAAAAGAACAUACUUCACAGAGGAAAUAUAACAGCAAAAUUGUUCAGCAGAAUAAUAAAAUAGACAAGAAGCAUAAAAGUGAAGAUGAGAAUAAAUUUGAAUCUGAUUCCUUGGCAAGGCUGCAGUCAAGUGUGGAGGCUUUGUCAAUGAGGCACCAGAUAGAUGGGAGGAGGUUGUCUGGUUCACGACAUCACCAUGCACCACGGAGAAACGAAUCAUCCCCUGUAACAAGGGAAACUGAUAAGCAUAAUAAAAAGGAAUAUGGAGGAAAGAAGCGAAGCAGAAAUGAAAUAGAAUUGCCUAAACAAUCUAAGGCAAAGAUAUCCAAGCAGUCAGUCUCAUCCUCUUUGCUAUCUGAUUACUCUGCAUCUCGCUUUCAUUCAAAUUCUCAAUCUUCCAAGUCAUUGCAUAGGUCUAGUUCCCAUUCUAGAUCAAGAUCAGUGUCUUCUAGAUCAUAUUCUUCAUCAUCAAAAUCUCAGUAUUGUAAAGGUAAACGUUUGAAUUCUAGGAGAUUAAGCUCCUCUAUGCCUCUGUGUGUAUCACUCAAUCAGACUUUAUCAUCAUCUCCAAAUAAAAUACAGUUGAAUUCAAAAGGCUCAUCCAUCAAUGGUACUGCUCUUGAAUCUGUGGAGCAUUUGGUCGCACAGGGGCAACAAAUUGGCAGUAAAAUGGAAUUGGAGAAUCUUCAAUCCAAGGAUACAGGUAUUGCUGUAAAUGGAAAAGCUGCAGUGUAUACCACAGUGGUGGAUGAUGUGGAAAAGGGCCAAUUUGUACAGGAGGACAAUCAUGAAAAUCAUUUUUUCUUAAAAUCAUCUGGCAGAGUAACAGAUUUAAAUGAACCACUUGUUGGGAAUUUAUCUCCAACAGUAGAAAAAGAGACAAAGGGUCUUGAGCAUUCUGGAGCAAUGAUGUUGGAUAAUAUUUCAACAGAAAUUGAGAAGCCUGCUUCUGAAACUAAUGUUAAUCUCCAUUCUAACCUUUCAACCAUUGUAUCCACAGAGGAGAUCCGCAUGGUUCUUAAUACCUAUGGCUUGGAACUUCCGAAAGAUGAUGAAAACAAUUUAACAAUUGAUGCCGUAUUUGGUUGUGCUCGGUUGUGGCCUUGGCAUGUUGUUUAUUACCGUAGGUUGAAGAAAGGCCCAAUUUCAACUGAGAACUAUGCCCGACGGGUUGCUCAAAAUCAGGAAUUUGGCAUUGUUGAUAAGUAUAUAAGAAGCAGUAGUGGGUGGGGAGAGUUCAGUCUUGAGAAUGCUUAAUUGUUCAUACUGCUACAGAUGAUGCCUCAAUGGUAGAUUUAUUCUCAUAGGAGCUAUGUAUCUAUGUUCUAUGCUGUCGUUUCUGCAUGGCUCUCAAUGGAAUUCAGAUGUGAGAAUGGUAAUGAAUGUAAGUAAGUUUGCUCAGCAGGUAAUUAUGCAAACCAUACUAUAACUCAUCAUAUUGCUUUGCUUUUUUGUAGUCUCCAUGCAAUUAUAGUGCAGUGCCAUCUUACAACUGAUAACAAUUAUAACAAUGGUAGUAUACCAAACGCUUGAAACUUUGAAUGAUGGUAUAAAUUCUGGAAUGACAGGAAUCUACACUGUUUUAUUAUUAUUUGAUUUGUUUUUUGUGCUUGCUUAAAAGAAGGGGGAGAAGGAGAUCUUUUAACUUGUUUACUGUGCUAAUGAGUUCAUUGCUGUAAUAUUAUAAUACUGAUAUGCUAGGGCUGGCAGCUUGGAAGCAUAUGCACACAACAAGGGUGGCAUGGUACAUUUCUAGUAGUAUAGGAUUUGGCAUAGCUGAGCAUGCUAUGUAGUAAAAAAGAUUAAUAUAUAUAAUCAUUCAAUGACAUAUUAUGAACCUGAAACUAUAAAUCCUUAACAAGGUUGUAAAUUCAUUUUAAAAUAUUGCAAUCAUUAAAAAUGUAUUCUCCUGAUCGUCUAUAUUCAAUUUCUAUCUAGUUGGUUGUUGUCUUUCAAUUAUUGCCUGAACUGGUUAUAUUGAUUUUGCUCUCUGGUCUUGUUAGUUUAUUAAUUAAUGAUGUGCUAUAUUUUGUAUUUUGUUUAUGGCUUCCUUAAGGUUUGAGUAAUGAAAGACACACACACACACUAAAGACAACAGAAACAUGUUUAGAGUUGAGACCCUUCUAGAAACACAAGGCUACCCUGCCACUCUUAACACAAAACAAAAAAUAGAAAAAACAUAACACAGAUGCUGGAAAAGAAAAGAACAGAGACCUCUCUGACUAACUGAUGAGUGAUGAGGUGAACAGAACAUAAUCCAGAAGAAAGUUGUGCUGUAGUGUGUUAAAUGAGGCUUGACUAGGAGCAACACCAGAGUGAUGUGGGCCGGCUGGGGAACUUGUUCCAUUGCCGGAAAGAAGUUUGUGACUAGAGAUGUGAUUUAGUAUGGGUAGUAAGGUUAAUAAUGAUGGGUAAAUUAUUGACUAAAAAAGUAUGAUAUUUGGUUAGUGGAGAUGAUAUAGGUGAUGGUGUAAAAGUGAGUGUUUUAGACAUAUUCUUUGGUUUUGGGGACAAUUGACAGGUUGACUGAGACAAGUGGAUAUUGCAAUGAAGCAAACCUAGUAAAGGAUAAAAAGCAAUGUUAACUCUUGAAAGCUUUUAAAAAGUAAUUGUUAGGAUGAGCAGAAAGAGUGAGAAGGUUGAUGGUUGGAGACUGGAAGAAGGAUCACUGUGCCAUUGUGAAUGCUGCUGUAUAGAGAAGAUGACUACUGUGUUGUGAAUGCUGAGAGGAAGAUGGCCACUGCGCAUGAAGUUUGCAAAGGAUAAAGGGGCUACCGGAACUUAAUUAACCUGACCUUAGUUUUAUGUUGGCCUAUCUAGCCAAGUUGAAGAUCUGUCCAUUUGAAAAGGGAGUUUGACACCACCUGAACAUGCCUGUGUCGCUGGCACACUGGUGUUGGAAAUGUGUCCAAUAACAGUAUGUCAAGCUUUCUACCAGGGUUGCACAAGGGAGAGGAAGCGGGAAAGGGUUUUUCUCUUCAUUCCAACGUAUGUACAGAGAAAAAUUGUGGAGGGACCAUUUGACUUUUUGAAAAAUUGAGUCUUUAACUCACUUUUGCAAGUAGAUUGACGACGAUGGUUUUGGAACCUUUCCUGUCAUAGCACCAUCUAGUUGGAGAAAGAGAAACAAGUUUUCUUGUGCAGGGCAACAUGAUGGUUUAUGGGUUUACAUGAAUUAAAAGCUGUCUAUCUAUCCCUGUAAUAGGACGAACCUUUGCUGUUGUUUAUAACAGGAGAGUCCAGAUUAUUGACAAUUUGUUAGUUUUUACACCUUGAAAAAUCAAAAGUUGAUGCUAAUAUAUGGAAAUAGACUCUUACAGUCGGGUUGGGUUCUCCGUAAUAGCUUACCGAGGUUUCAAAUUAAGUCAUUGUCCGGGUGGUUACUCUAAAGUAUUAGCGACUGACUAUUUUGGGUAUUUUUAUAAAUAAAAUAUAAAUGUGAAUCUAUUUUAAAACAA